ACGAUGGAUCGAGUGAAAAGCUCCAUGCAGCAAGUACCCAACGCCAUCCCGAAAGUGAUUCGACGCACCGGAGGAGCUAACAGUCUGGAGCUGGAGAGGGAAAACUUUGAGAGAGGGCAGGCAGUCAGCAUCAACAAGGCCAUCAACACACAGGAGGUUGCUGUCAAAGAGAAGCAUGCCAGGACUUGCAUUUUGGGGACUCAUCAUGAGAAAGGAGCCUACACUUUCUGGGCAGCGGUCAACCGGCUUCCUCUCUCCAGCAAUGCAGUCCUUUGCUGGAAGUUCUGCCAUGUUUUUCACAAGCUACUACGAGACGGACAUCCAAAUGUGAUAAAAGACUCUAUGAGGAAUAAGGCUGAUUUGACAGAUAUGAGCAGGAUGUGGGGUCACCUGAGUGAAGGCUACGGGAAGCUCUGCAGCAUCUACCUCAAACUGCUCAUCACCAAAAUGGAGUUCCACAUUAAAAAUCCUCGGUUCCCUGGCAACCUGCAGAUGUCAAACAGACAACUUGAAGAGGCGGGAGAAAAUGAUGUCAACAACUUCUUUCAAUUAACUGUGGAGAUGUUUGAUUACCUCGAGUGUGAACUCAACCUCUUCCUUGGAGUAUUCAGCUCGCUAGAUAUGUCUCGGUCAGUUUCAGUGACUGCUGCAGGCCAAUGUCGUCUGGCUCCGCUCAUUCAAGUCAUCUUGGACUCCAGCCACCUAUACGAUUACACAGUCAAGCUGCUGUUUAAACUGCACUCAUGCCUUCCAGCAGACACUCUCCAAGGCCACCGAGAUCGCUUUCAGGAACAGUUUAAGAAGUUAAAGAGUCUGUUUUAUCGCUCCAGUAACUUGCAGUACUUCAAGCGGUUGAUUCAGAUUCCACAGUUGCCUGAGAAUCCUCCAAACUUCCUGCGUGCAUCUGCGCUGUCAGAGCACAUCAGCCCCGUGGUUGUAAUCCCCGCCGAGUCGUCUUCUCCAGAGUCGGAACAUAUGGUGGAAACCGACGACCUGGUGGACACAGACCUCCCCGUCCUUCCGGCUCCAGUGGAGACAAAAUUUGAUGAUCUCUUUGGCACCUCUGCUGCAAUUGACCCCUUCAACUUCAACAAUCAGAAUGGAAUGCGCAAGGAUGAUAAAGACCGACUGAUUGAACAGCUGACAAGGGAGAUCCAGGCCCUUAAGGAUGAGUUGGAAGCAUUCCGAUUGGAGAGUGGACGCUUAUGUCAGGCUUUGAGGGGCCGUGUCAAUGAGCUGGAGGCAGAGCUAGCAGAGCAGAGUCACCUCAGGCUACAGGCAGCAGGGGAGAGCGAGUUCCUGAAAGCGGAGCUUGAUGACCUGAGGAGGGUCAGGCAAGACACAGAGAAAGAGCAGCGGAGUCUGACCGAGAUAGAAAAAAAAGCUCAAGCUAAUGAGCAACGCUACACCAAGCUGAAGGAGAAGUACACCGAGUUGGUACAAGGUCAUGCUGAAUUGCUGAGGAAGAAUGCAGAGGUGACCCGGCAGAUGACGGUGGCUCGGGUAGCGCAGGAUGAAAUAGAUGCAGUGAGGAAAGAGAUGCAGGACAAGGUGAAGGCCGCUCAAGAUUUUGCAGACAGACAGGAACGAGCGCAGCGGGAGCACGUUGGAGAGUUGCGGAGAGAGCUGGAGUCCAGCAGGGCCGAGCUGGAUUCCCUCAAGAUCACCAUGGGCUCCUCACAACAGUCCAAUGAGGUGCUUGGCACUCAACUAGCUGCAAUGGAAUCUCAGAAAGCAGUACUCGUUGAGUCAUUGUCCAAAGUGGAGACGGAGCUUGCCGUUCAAGGGCAGGAGCUUGAGCGUCUACAAAGUUCAUUGGCCAGUGAAAGGGAAACUGGUGUGAAGACAGCCGAAGCUCUGCAAAAUCAACUUAAUGACAAGGAGAGCAGGGAGCAGGCGUUAGAGAGCCAACUAGUAGCGGCCCGCUGGUCCAGUCUGCAGGGGGCUGUUGAAGAAGCAGAGAAGAUCAUCCAAGACUCACUGGCCCAGAUGGAUGACCCAGCCCACAUCAGCUGCACUAGCUCAGCAGACUACCUGGCAUCCAGAUGUCAAGCAUCCUUAGACUGUGUGGAGCAGCUCCAUCCUGCCAGAGACGCCUUUCUAGCCGAUGACACAGGUGUCUCUCAGUUGCUAAAAGUGGUGACUCAAUGUGGCCACCUAGUGGGCGACACCAUUGUUCAGGGCAGUGCCACCUCUCACAUGGUGCCUGUGGAGCAGGCUGAUGUUCUUUCAGUAAGUGUGAAGGCAUGUGGUGCUGAGGCGCUGCUUUUGUUGGGCUGCAUGAAAAAGAAGGAAGACAUAACAAAAGCAAACAACUGCAAGCUAAAGGAGGCACUCCAGUCCAUAUUGGCCUCCGCAGAGAAACUGCGUCCUCGGGGUCUGGAACUGCAGCAGGGAGAGCUGGGAGAUCUAGUGGAGCAAGAAAUGGCAGCCACAUCUGCAGCUGUGGAAUCAGCUGCUGCAAGGAUAGAGGAUAUGCUCAACAAGUCUCGAGCGGUUGACACAGGCAUCAAGAUGGAGGUCAAUGAGAGGAUCUUAGCUUCGUGUACGGAAUUGAUGACAGCCAUCAAGGCACUUGUUCUGUCCUCCAAAGAUCUGCAAAGGGACAUUGUGGAGAGUGGCAGGGGCGCAGCAUCCACUAAAGAAUUUUAUGCCAAGAAUUCCCGUUGGACCGAGGGCCUGAUUUCUGCUUCCAAAGCGGUUGGAUGGGGUGCCACUGUCAUGGUGGAUGCGGCUGAUCUUGUGGUCCAGGGAAAAGGGAAGUUUGAGGAGUUGAUGGUGUGUUCCCGUGAAAUUGCAGCCAGCACAGCCCAACUUGUUGCUGCUUCAAAGGUUAAAGCGGACAAAGACAGUACCAACUUGCACCGCCUGCAGCAUGCAUCCCGAGGCGUCACCCAGGCAACUGCCGCUGUUGUGGCCUCCACCAAGUCUGGGCAGUCCCAAAUUGAAGACAAAGAUACGAUGGAUUUCUCGAGUAUGACUCUCACACAGAUCAAGCGACAAGAGAUGGACGCCCAGGUUCUGGUGUUGGAGCUGGAGACACGUCUGCAGAAGGAGCGCGAGCGUCUCGGGGAGCUGAGGAAGAAACACUAUGAGCUAGCAGGGGUAGCGGAGGGCUGGGGGGGCGAUGAGGAGGGUUAAGGUUGACCCCGCCCUUCGUCUGGAAGAAACUUGUAUUUAUACACUCUUCUCCAUCUCUGUCUGGCUAGUUUUCUCGCUCUUGUUUGUUUGUUAAUCAAGCCAAAUGAAACGGUGCUUGCUCUCACAUCCAUGUCUGGAGUCUUCCGCGCAGACGGCGGGCGGCAAGGGCUCAGCCACAAGGAACGACGCUCGACUGGAAGGACCACCCGAAUUCACAGCAUCACGCCUCCUCUUCAAAGAGAGUGUAUGUACGUAUAGAGCAGUCUAUCACUUAUUUAUUAUCUGUGCUCCAUGCUUCAAAUUAGUAACGAGCAAAACUCAACUGAGGAGUUGCAUUCAAGAACUGAUGAACGCUCUCGAAACGGCAACGACUAGAGACCCAAGCCCACAAAUUACGUCAGUGGAACAAAGAGGACUAAAAGAAGCCUCUCGUAAUCGAGUGUGCUUACAAGCCGCAGAAGUUCCGUGUGAUGGAUGUCUCAAAUUGUUAGGUCCAUAGCGCCUCACUGGACUCCCUGCCUUUUUGUCACAUUUGUAACAAACCGGACUGUUCAAUCAUGCUGAACUGCCAUCUUAUCUUGUUUUUUUAAUAGUCAUAGAAAACUGCUCCAAACUGCCGUGGGGGGGUGGGAAGCUCACAACUCUUAUUCUAUCUAAACCAUAAGAGAUCAAAAGUAGCAUUAUGCACACAAAAAAUGAUUAAUGGGCAGUUUGCAGUUUGAGUAACUGCAGGAAGAAGGGAUAUGUCUAGCUAAAAAAAAAAAAAGCAACAAUACAUUAGGCUCUGCUGCCAUAAUUGUCUUGCAACUCUGCAGACAUUCAUUUCGUAAACAGAUAUUUAUGUUUUUAUAAAGCUGUAUCUUAUUAAAGAAUCUGAGUAAUUUUUUGACAAACUACAGCUUCAACAACACUCAAUGAUUAAUCUGUUUUAAUAGUGAAACAUCAUCCAACUAGUAUGCCCCCCCCCCCCCUGAAGUCUUCACUACCUGUUGCCCUUUAUAAAUAUUUUCAAAGUUCAGGUUAACUAGUCAGAGUGCUUCCUGCCAGGAUGCCACACCACAGCGUGUGACCUAAGCCUCCCGCAGACCACGUAGCUCUGUGUAAUUGUCAACUCACACACACCUCCAACUGCAUCAAUAUUUGUCUUUCACUGAGUCAGCCUUCAUCUCAUCUGAAUAGAGGGACUGAAAAGCGGUGCAGGCCUAAACCAAUAGGUGUCAUCUUUUUGUCAUUUAACACGGAGCCUCGUGACCAUGUUGCGAAAUGGAUGAGCUUUGUGUGUCUUAAACAUAAUUGGGUCACUGAAAGGGGCUAUUUAAAUAGACGAUCAAACAGUGUUUGCCGAUGAUUCUUCAACAACUGCAUGGAGCAGAUGAUGUAGUUUUUAGAAAAAGUUAGUUUUAAAUAAGACAAGGCAAAGUAAUGAUUAGGCAAGUGUUACUGCAGUGUUGUGAUUAAUACUUGCUUCAGUUGUGGACAUCUGUCACACCACACACACUUGUUGACAGUAAAUCAAAGAGGGAAUACGUUGCGAAUGAUAUGGAGAUGAACUGAAACGCACCUUGUGUAAUGAAUGAGUGUAUUUUUUUUUUUUUCUGUCAAAAUAUUCUUUAUUAACCUGUCUCGGGUCCGACGUCGUACCAGCUCAGCCAGCCUUUCAAACUGCCUCACAUUGUAGUUAAAGAAACUACUCACUCACAUAGCGACAUUGACAUGAGUCUUUGUAUCGUGUACUAAAUCUAUGUUGGUGGGUUUGCUUUUAUUUUAUUUUUCAGUUUUUAAAAAUAAAUAUUUCAACUUGUUAAUACAA